CGCCAGAAACAGAAUGAUCUUGUUAUCAUUCACCCGCUGAGAAUGAACACUUACCUAAUUAUCUUAUGCGUGCUGUCUGAAGCCGUCUCUGUCAACGUCGUAGCCAGAGGAGACACCAGGGUUGACUUCAAUGCCGACGCAUCAUAUACCUGCACUCAUGCGGACCCGACAGGUGUGCUGCAAGUCACCUGGCAGAGGCUGUUCAAAGACGACUCGGUGGAGAAUCUGGCCACCUACAGCAAGCGGUUUGGAGCUCAAAUCAUAGACCCGCACCGAGGCAAGGUGGUUUUCACGGAGGCAUCUCUCAACUCAACGUCUAUUACCGUGAAGAACGUAACAUGGGCAGACGAAGCCUGCUAUAUUUGUUCCUUCAAUGUUUACCCGAGUGGUUCAAUACGCAAGCAGAUUUGUCUUACCGUUCAAGGUUUAUCUGAAGUGAGAGCCACAAUGCAAAAAGUCCCCAGCACUGAACCUAAAGCAGACAUGGAAGUUGUGGUCAGCUGCUCUGCCACGGGUAAACCAGCACCUUGGAUCCAAUGGAACUUAUCUGCUGCAGCACUCAUAAAGACACCUAACAACUGGACUGUCAUUAACAAAGACCAAACUGUCACAGCCAAUAGCAACAUCACCCUCCAACUGUUGCCAGGCUCCGGGGGAUACGUGGACUGUAUCAUAAACAAUGGGAUGAGGACACAGAGACACGAGCGGGUCCUGCUUCCUAUUCUCCCUGGAGAGAGGGAGGUUGAAGAGGAUGACAAGAGGACAUCCCCGUGGGCGGUUGGCAUCCCAGUGUUCCUAAUCAUCUCCCUUUUAGUCAUCUGCGGCAGCGUCCUGCUUCAACAGAGAAAAGGUGAGUCAGCACAAGAUUAUCUGAUGUCCCUUUGUCAGUGAAUCAACCCACUCAGAUGACACACCCCUUCAAGGGACGGCAUGAGAGAGCCCCAGUAAGCCAGUGACUCAGCCCCUGUAAUAGGGUUAGAGGCAGAGAAUCCGAGUGGAAAGAGGGGAACCGGCCAGGCAGAGACAGCAAGGGCGGUUCGUUGCUCCAGAGCCUUUCCGUUCACCUUCCCACUCCUGGGCCAGACUAC